AUGGGCAUCUUACGCCUUAGGGCCAUGGUGGUGAAGCUAAAGACAAAAGUGCUUCAAAAGAACUUACACGACGGAAAAGAUAUCGGAACUGAGGUACUCUACGCCUGGACCAUGGAACAAGACAAGGAAUUUGGAGAAAAGCAGCUUGUGGCACCUGUUCAACUUCUGGAACCAAUGGAUCCAGGAACGAUAGCCGAGUGGCAAAAGGAAUCACCUCAUCUGCUGGGUAUCCUUAUGGAGUAUUACGAGGAUGAGCACCUUCCGAAAGAUGUGCUUGUUCUGGUGGCUGCAAAGGUUGAUCAUCGCAAGUAUCAGCGUGUGGGCCAUCUGCUCCUUGAUAGUGGCUUGGGAGCUGGUGGGAGAAUGAAAUCUAAGAACGUAGUUACAGGUGACUACGUCAGGAUUGAAGUUGAUGAGCGGAUACGUAGGCUAACCCUGAACACAGCUAGCAGCUAUUACUUUGAAGAUGUCCACUUCCAGGUUGCCGAAUUCUGGAAGCCGCUGUAG